UUAAAAUGCUGGCCUUUUUAGUAGCAUAUUUUUCCUCUUUCGUUUGUUUACCUUUUUACUUUUAAGUGCAUGACAGGUAACAUUGUAUCAAUAUAUUUGUUUAAAGCUAAAGCCUUGCCUGCAUCUCUAGUAAAAAGGUUUCUCUCGUGCAAUGCUCACGGGACUGAAAGCGUUAAGUGUCUGACGUCACCGUUCCCGGGGCGAUGACCUUAAAGGUAGGGGUGGGGGCAAGUUUUUGCUCCAGGGAUGAGAGGGAAAUACGCCUCGCUUUCCAGGCAAAUAUCCCAUUUUGGAUGUAAAAACAUAGAUAUUUUGUUCUAACUUGUUUAUAAGAGUCGGGCAUUGUUUUUCUUUCAGGACAUAUGUAUUUUGUAAUGGAUUGCCCGAGUUUCUUCAAGGUAAAUCUGUAGCUGUUUAAGUAAACAAUCUAUCGAAGCGAAUGUGUGUUUGUGGUGUUUUUGCAACUGAUCUUACCACCUCUCUACAUGCACAUUGUAUUUAACGAACGUACUGUAGGCUAUAGCGUGCGUGUGGUUCAAUUGCAACAUUGUAUCAGAACAACGAAUGCAUCAGUUUACACAAAUGUACAUUACGAAACAAAAUCGUCACAAGCAGUCAUCGGCUUAAAACAUGAAAAAUGUGUUUAGUCGCGUCGAUGCGUUAAAAUCGCAGGGGUUGCGAUCCACUCGCGGUGCCUUUUAUUUUCGUGAAGUAACCAAAAGUGUACUUUGGUUUGAUUAAAGUGUGUUGUUUCUAAAUACAAUGGGGAAAAGUCCAAUAUGGUAGAGAAGAUCAGAUUUAGUGAAUACAAGGUCUCCACGACACAGAGGAGGGAAGGGGUUCGCUUUUCCUCUGGUCUUUUCCUAGCAAACAAGUUUAGAGCAAACAUGCAACAAAAGUAGAAUAGUUAAGUUGUGUUAAAGAGUUGGGGUAUGCUCACGACACACGUGCCCCCUCCCCUAAUUAAAUGAAGCAAAAUGCAAUGGUCUGGAUAUGAAAGCAGAUUAAAUUUCGUUCGUCUAUCCAUCAAUUUUCUGUUUAAUGUCACUGAGCUCCAUUGUGGGAGAAGAGGACGCGUCAUCCAGCCAUAAAUUUGUGAUUAUUGAGGCUCGAGGAGGCAGUUGGCUCUAUUCGGACGGAUUUGCUCCGUACGUUCAGAUAGAUCUUCUACACUGUAGCAGAAGCCAGAAACCAAGUCAUCUUUUAUACAGCAUUUAGUCGGAAGGGUUUAAGGAGUUUAUACCGGACUAGAUUAUGGUUAAGUACUCAUGAUAAAUUAAAUAACCUCUAUUUUUCCUUUUUUUUUUUUUUUUUUUUUUUUUCAAGAGCUGUUAGGAUUUUAUUUUUUUAGUUUUUUUUUUAGGAUUGAAGGCUCUACACGAGGAAGUGUUUUUUCAGAGGGAUUUUUCUAUAUCAAAGGUUUGAAUCCAGAGCAGUGCCGCAUUUUUUCCAUUUUUGCAUAAAUCAAUAACUACUCCUUGCUCAAAAAAUAUUUGCUGUCCCGAUGGUCUACCAUUUUUAUAGAGCUCGUCGCGAGACAGACAGAAAAGCACAAAUAAAGCGCCCGCCGUUUUGUUUAGUUGAUCCAGCUGACACGCCAUUGGCUCAGAGUUCCAUCCAAUCGGAGCCACUGUUUAUCCUGGGGCGCGCUGCACGAGCUUAUUGACAUGUAGGUAUUAGACCAAUGGGCGAGACGGCUCCCCCAGUCACCUCCUCUUCUUCUCAUUGAGUGGCAGAUUCAGGAAAGAGCCUCUGACUGCUUGUACGGAGCUCGAUUCAGCAGAAGCUCUUACUACUACGGUGCAUCUCCGAACUUCUGCACAUCAUACGCACUGCAAUCAGCAGACACUAGGAUGUAACCAUUUCCACAUGUUUUUAUUCUGAAUCUGCUCUCUUUUACCUAUUUUUUUAUCAUGUUUUUUUAAAAACCAUUUAUUGUUUUGCAAGGAAUAACUUACCAAAAACAUGACCUGGACAUACUUUUUUGGCCGUCAAAGCCAAAACUGUGCUGAAUGCAAGACCUAGGCGAAAUUCUUUACGGGAUUAUAACAUCUUUUUCGGUUCUGUUCUCGUGGUUUCCUGCUCUGGAUUUCGGAUUUAACGUUUUCUUAUCGAGAUGGAAGGCCGGGAUUUCGCCCAUCCGCCGCACCUUCUGGCAGAGCGAGGCGCGCUGGUUCACAGAGCCGCCUCGAGGAUCACUUCUACCGGGCACACGACAGUGCAGCAUCCCGGUCACUUUCAGCCUGGGAAAUAUUAUGCCUCGCACAUACCGAUGCCUCCACAUUCAGGCAGUGGACUGAUAGGGAACUCCUCUGCCUCUUUCAUGGGUACAUUUCUGGCCAGCAGUCUGGGUUCUCCCACCACCCACCCAACUGGACCUCCAUCAUCCCCCUCAUCUCCACCCUAUCGGACUGGACCUCACUCCACAGCCCCAUCACAGAUCUGGUUCCCCCACUCACAUGAAGCCCCAGGGUAUCCCCGCUUUUCAGGGAGUCUAGCCCCCACCUUCUUACCCAUGAGCCCCCUGGAUCACCAUGGCAACAGCAGUGUACUCUAUGGACAGCAUUUCUAUGACACUCAGAAAGAUUUCUAUCUAAGAGGCCUCCCAUCACAACCCCACCUUCUCUCCACCAAUCACAGCUUCCCACCAUUAUCUCGGACAGCCCCCACCCAUCCGCUGGACUCCUGUAGCCGGGAGAGGGAUUCUGGGAGCGCACAUUCCCAGAAGAGCUCCAAAGAGACAGGUGUAGCGGAGCGAAGAGUAGGACCCGGAGGAAAAGAUAAAGAAAAGAGUAACCAGGACUCUAAGCAGGAUCGCCAGCACCAUGGUCAACCACUUCCCAAUCUUCAUCACCACCAGCACCAUCACCCCCAAAGCUUAGAGGAGGACCUCCAGAACAAAGACGACCCCAAGCACCUUAGCACUUGCCUGCUUAGCACGAAGACCCAGAAUGGCUCUGACCCAGGGGCAACAGCCAGGGGCUCCCUGCCCAGUUGUGUAGGGCCAGGAGCCUCGGGUCUGGGGACUGGCCGGCAGCCAAGUGGAGAAGGUCACUAUUAUAAGGAGGGGGUCAGUGGAGAGAUGCGAAUUAGUGAGCCACCCUCAGACUGUCUUCGACACAGUGCCAUGCUGGGCCAUGCCCAUCCAAUGUCCUACUCCAUGCCCCCUCCUCUGAGCAUUGGCUCUGCUGUGGGAGGAUCCUGGCUCCACCCAAGUCAUCCACACCAUCACCAUCCUCAUCAUCCCCAUCCAGAUCUCUUCUGCCCACCUCCCCCUGCCCCGCUCACCAUGCCCUCUGCUCAGGAAAAGAGCCUGGCUCCUGGAGCAGGCAGGGACUCUGAGGUAAUGGGGCCUACCUUUGUGCCCUCCGUGGGGCCACUGAGGGACAAAACCAGUGGACCGUUUCAACUAGGAAACCCUCAUUGUCGAGGUGCAGGAGGUGGCAUGGUGUCAGCUGGGGGAGGUGUUGGAGGAGGUAUGGGGAAAGAAACCAAAACUCCUGAGAGAAGUAGCAGUGGAAGUCGAGCAGCUCCUCCUGCACCUCCCCACAUGCCUCCGCCUAGUAUCUGCCAAAGAAAAUCUUCCCAACAGCAAAAUGCAUAUGGCAAAGCAGACAAGAGCUCAGACUGGUCCCCAAGCCUUCAUUCACGCACACAUGAUGUUCAGCACAGUCAAAAUCAGCAACCCAAUUCGGUUAGGUCAUGUAGCUUGGACGGCAAUGAGGAAUCUGAUGCCUUUCAUCCCUCUCUGCCACUGGGGACGAAGGGUGGCCAACAAGCUAAGAGUAGCAUAUAUGCCAGCACUCCACCCUUUCGGGACUGUUCCCACUCAGGUCCAUCAAACAGGGCUUCUUCUGAAGGUAAAGGUGGAACUAAGAGUGAGUGUAAUCUUCAAAGGAACAGUCAGAGAGUUGCACGGAUACGUCAUCAGCAGCACGGUAAUGGAACUAGCACUGGCGGGCUGGAGCCUAGCAAUGAUGUGCAAGAAAAAAUAACUACAGAAUACAGCGGGCAGCAGACUGGCACUCCUCCCUCUUGGGAAGUGCGAGAACACCAGACUCGGCCGGAUGAAGAACAGCACAAGGCGUACAACUCUCUGGGUGCCGGCUCCCAGACUUCACGUGGGGUCCAAGGACCUCUUUCACCCCAAACCGCCCCACAGGAGACCACAUUGGGCUCCCAAGGACCUGAAAACAAUGCCAUGAGGAGUCUGAUGAAGUACAGCAGCCAGCAACCACUACUGUUCUCUCAGAAGAGCCCGUUUGGUGGUCUGGGCUGCCUUAAGCAGGGGUCAGCAACUGGGGAGAGGAGUGAGAGGAACGAUAAAAGUGGAAGCAGUUCGAGCUGUGCACUACAGGAGGUGAAGCAGACCCUACCCCCCAGGAGAGCCUCAUCAUCUGGGGAGAAUGAGCGUUCGGAGCGGGUGGGCAAGGACUCAGGGGAAGCUCAAGGGGAGGGAGAGGUGCGGCUGCCCCCUGUGGGGAUAGCAGUGGCCGUUGCCAGGCAGAGAGAGCCCCCUUGCCGCCUGCCAGACGGGCAUCCCAUCCACAGCCACCACAGCAGAGUGAUGCCCAGCAUGAAGGGUGUUGGACACCCCAUGUACCCGCUGGACCGGGAGGUAGAUGAUGAACGGAAAACAGUGUAUGAGGAACAGCUUGGACUUCCUCUAUUCGACCGAGAGAGAGAACUCCUCCUCAGGGAAAACAAAGAAAGAGUUGAGUUUGCCAGGAUCCACCCCUCCAGUAGUUGCCAUGGAGAUCUGACCUCACACCUUAUUGUGCCAGGCAGUAGCCAAUUAGGCACUGAACCAUCUGCUCAUGCCCACCCCGCCCAUCAUCACUGGAUGCCUCGGACAGGAAGUCCCUCCCUCUGGAUGAGACACUCCUAUGGUCUCAGUCAUGCAGCAUUGCACCAGAACCUGACCCCAGGCUUCUCCACAACCAUGCCCAGCCCCUUGCAACCAGUCCUGCCUCUGCCUCAGGAUCCUUCCGCUGCCCUGGUGGUACUGCCUACCGAGCCAGCAGCCCACCCUGCCACCCAUCACCUUGAUGUAAUGGAGCAGCAGGGAUUGUGGCCCCCUGUUUACGGAGCCCGAGGGCCCGCCUCACACAUGCAGCAUCCCGCUGUCUAUUCACGCUCCCAGUUUCUACGGCAACAGGAACUCUACGCGCUGCAGCAGCAUCAGCACCAGCAGCAUCGUGCAGCGCAGGUGAUGGAGCUAGUGCACAGACACAGUCACUCACAGAGGAAACCUGAGGAUUCCCACAUGGAUUUGGUUGAGGGAUCGCCUGAGCUCCGUACCCCCAAGCACACUAAGUCUUUCUCUGUUGGCCCCUCAACUAAAACGCCCCCCUCCUCCUCAUCCCCGGGAGGCUGUGCCUCUCGUCUUUCACCCUGCUGUCGCUCACCCGCCCCGCGGUCCCACCUCAAGGGUACGCCCUGUACACCCUGUGCUGAGCCCAGCCCGGCCGUGGCUGCCCCUCGCUCCCCGGUGCUCAGCCCCCACGUCACCCCCCACCACCUGCCAAAACCCUCAGAGUCCCAGGAGAAGAGGGGAGAAGGGCAGCCGCCCCAGGACUACCCUCGGUCACUGGAGCCUGAUCUCCCUCCUGGCUAUUCUUACCCUGCCAUUGCCAUUGGUUACAAGGGUGGCCCCUCCCCCCAAGAGGUCCAAUUGGCAGAGCAUGCUGACUUGGAGGCGGAGCAAGCGGAACCUGCUGAACCUGCACCACAGACCCACCCUCUUUCUCCCAAAGGGGAGGAGCCUGUUUGCCACACUGGAAUGGGAUCUCCUACUAGAACAUCCCAGGAAAUAAAGGAAGAUUACGGGGUGAUAGAAGCAGAAGGAAAGAUGGGUGAAGGCCAGACGGGGGUUACCUGCGGCCCUUCUCCUCUCUCGCAAACCUCCCUUUGCCCCAUUACUAACUCUACGGUAGCAAACCCCCAUCCAGAACCAGUGACUAUGAUCACCGACAACCAAACUAGUGGAAUUGAGAUUCCAGCACCAGCUGAAGACCUCAAAGAGCUUGAUGAUGGUCUACUAGAUCCAGUCCAGGGUUCUCUGACCACCUUCCAGGAUUCUCAGUCUAUGGAACCUACCGUGACUGACCCAGAGAGGACAGUAGAGGACAAUUGUGCCUCCCCCUGUAACUCGGUAGAGACCACCCAUGCAUCACCACCCUUCUACCCCUGCCCUGUGUCCUCUGCCCUGGGAAAUCAGUACCCAGGCAGCUGCAUUUGGAGCUUGGAGCUGCUCAUAGCAGCAGCACUAUGUGCCACCCGAGAUGCCCGUAUGGCGGCCCCCGUGUCUGUAUCUGCUGACACGAUGACCCCUAAUUAUGGCAUAGAAUUACUAUGUGAACUGGCAGAGCUAGAGCAAACCCAACAGCAGAGGAACAACAUGGUGGAGAACACAGAAGAUGACAUGUUGACCUUUGACCUACAAAGUUUGGCAACCCUCGCUGCCGCUCGCGCCUUGGAGCUGGCCCCGCCCAUCACAGCAGACUCAGUCCCCCCCCUACGCAGAAUCCUCAAUCUGCGCAGGAAGUGCAAGUGGAUGCCACGCUCCGAACCGGUGUGUCCUGUUAAGGCUACCAUGGAAACGCUGGAUCGAGAGGAGAUAGCUAUGCGUGUGCGUCUGGCAGAACUGCAGCGGCGCUACAAGGAAAAACAGAGGGAGCUGGCAAAGCUACAGAGAAAACAUGACCACCAGAAAGAGGAGACCUCACGCAGUCCAGCUCGUCGAGGACCCGGAAGGCCACGGAAGCGCAAGUCCACAUCGGCACCCCCGAUCCCCACGGAUUCCCCCCCAAAAGUCAAGUCGGUUGGAACAGGGGCGGGGCCAGGCCUGCUGACAGCGGAGGAGUUGGCUGGGGGUGGAGACAGGAAGAGGAAGAAGAAGAGGUUGACCAAUAGCCCUUACCACUGUCUCAACAGCACACAGAUGAAGGUUCGCUGUAGGCCGAGAGGCAGACCAAGACUGCUGAGCACUAAGUUUAAGCAGAAAGCCUGUUCACAACUGAAGCAAAAAGCCAAAGCCAAUCAUGGCUCCAGACUGGUGAACUUGUGUCACAGAGAAAGCAAUUCAUCAAACACCAUCACACAACAUCUAUCCAGAGAACACACUCAUAGUAACAAAACUGGAGAGCACAGUGACACAGCAGGCAGUGUGGCAGCAGUCCACCAGGGAUCAGAUGGGAAGCGGACUCUGAUGAGAGGUGCAAGAUCAAAGGCCAUCCUGAACUCCUCCGCCCUGACAACUCGAAAUCAGCAGCUGCUAUGCAAUAAGCCCGAUUGCAAGCUCGAAGCUCCUGAGAAGGGCAUCUCGCCCCCGGACAGCGACACAGAAGACGAAGAUGAUGGCAUCUAUGACAUUGAGGAAGGGGCAGAGGGCAUCAAGAAUCUAUCAUCUAAAGAGCAACUGUCUGGAGCCAGCUGGCCUUCGCAGUGCUCCAUCGUAAAACUUGAAGCCAAUCAAAAAUCCAAGACCAAGAUGGAAAGACAAGGAUUCGGGUCUGUGAAUGUGUCCAUUUCUAAAGAAGAGAUUAGGAUGAGAAGGAAGGCCCCCUGUAGGCCAGCCUUGGUCAGUGCUGACUAUAACCACUCAGAACUGGAGGAGGGAAGGAGAUUGACUGGCCCCAAGUGGAGAGAGGGGUCAAGGGGGAACACAUUUGACCACACUAGGCUCCUCAAGACCUCAUCCAAUCCACGAGAGAGGUCCAACAGGAAGACUGCAAUGCUUCUCGGCAAGAGGAAGAGCUGUUGGUUAGAAACACUAUCAUCUCAGUAUGAUGACAUCACUUGGAGUAGAAGAAACAGAAACAAGCAGCAGGCAAAGGGCCGCGCAGUCAGUCGUUUGCUUGAGAGCUUUGCUGCAGAUGAGGGAUUCCGAAUGGAUGACGACAGCAGCUUCUCGGAGGGCGAGGAAGAAGAGGAUCCAGAGUUGGUGGGCAGUGCACUAACAGCCCUGACCAACUGCACUCUCACCAAAGAAAUACUGAGGGAUGGACUGAAAGUGUUAAUCUCAAAAGAGGACGAGUUACUGUAUGCUGCCUGUGUACAUACACUGGACCUGCCUGAUAUCUAUAGUGUUGUUGUUGAUGGAGAGCGAGGGAACAGGCCCAGGAUCUACUCUCUGGAGCAGCUGCUUCAAGAAGCGGUUUUAGAUGUACACCCGGAGACUGUGGAAACUCUGACAGCUGGAACAAGAGUGUGCGCCUACUGGAGUGAACGUUCACGCUGUCUGUAUCCUGGAUUUGUCCGCAGAGGAGGUCCAGGUGAGGAACAAAAGGAGGGCAGUGUCAUGGUGGAGUUUGACGAUGGAGACCGGGGAUGGAUUUCUCUCUCAAGCAUUCGACUGCUUCCGCCAGGCUACCAAAUUCAUUGUGCGGAGCCAUCACCAGCCCACCUGGUCUCACCUCCCUGCCGCAGAAGGAAGAGCUCUACUCAAGAGAAGAUAACUCAGCAGAACGAUGUGUCCUUAGAGCGUUCCGCUAACAUGGAGCCCAGAAAGAAUGUUGUUAAAAGCAAGCCAGGAAGGCCAAAAUCAAUCAAUUCAUCAUCAAAGAACUGUAUGUCUGAGAAUGUAACAGGGACAGCUUCUCCUCUUCUUAGCUGGCCUGUUGCCGCCAUGUCCAGAAGGAAACCUUCCAUGGAUUUCUUCCAAUUUAAUGGGUUAUCUAAGAGAGCGCUGAGGGCAAAGGAGUCAGACAUGUUCCCAUUAUUUAGCUCAACCAUUGCCACCCCAGCCAAAGGCAUCUUCAGCACUUCCUUUGAGGUAGAUUCAUUCAGCAGCAUUGCAAAUGGUUGCACCUCCUUUGGAAAUCAGCAGUUGACGACAGGCCUGCCACUUGGUCAUAAGGGCACCCCUAGUUUACGGGGUAGAAAGACAGCAGACAGGAAGGAAUUUCUGGUCAAACUGGACCAUGAAGGUGUAAUGUCCCCGAAGACUAAGAAUGGAAAAGCAUUGUUACUCCUUGGAAGUCCAGAGGUGCAGAGUUCAAGAGGUGGGCGAAUGGAGAAGGGCUUUGGAGCCAAAGGAAUAGGAGAACUGACCUCAACGAUGGGCUACUCCCAAUCUGUUAUUUUAGUCAAAGAUGCCAAAAGGAACACCGGCCAUCUUCUUAAAGGUUCAUCAGACAUGCGUAAGCACCCUCAGAGUCUGGGGCUUAGUGAAUAUGCAGAUUAUGGGCCUAACUGCCACAGCGACUGCCUAAGCUCCUAUUCAGAUAUGGAUGAAGAUGAAGACGAGGAGGAAGAUGUCAGAAGGGCAGCAAUACGCACCACUGGACGCUUUCUGUCUCGUCUCUCGGUUUCAUCGUCGUCCUCCGGUUCCUCAAGUGCAUCUAGUUCAGGCUCGUUGUCCAGCUCCAGCAUCUGCUCUUCUGACAAUGACUCAUCCUACAGUUCAGAUGAAGAAGAUGCAUCACAGCUUCUCCUACAGGGUUGCCUGUCCACUCAUCAUACAUUGCUUCAACAACAGCAACAUUCUGAGCCCCAUACUGCUGCUCCACAUCACACUUUUGGAUCCAAAACCAUGAGUAUCUCUAAUUCAAAGGCUGCAGUCAAUAGUAGUACUGGAAAACCUACAAGAAGAAAGGAGAUUGCCAAUAACUCUGCCUCUGUAAUACAGUCCAAAUCUUCCAAAGAAUUUCCUAAGAAACAGAAGAUACCAUCUUCAGGUGGUCCACCCAAAUCAUCCUCAUUCAUGCCAGGACGGCAGCUGUGGAGGUGGUCUGGGAACCCAACUCAGAGACGGGGUUUGAAAGGAAAAGCAAGGAAACUCUUCUACAAGGCCAUUGUUCGGGGCAAAGAUACAGUCCGAGUUGGUGACUGUGCAGUGUUCCUCUCUGCUGGUCGACCUCACCUGCCCUUCGUUGGCCGCAUUGAGAGUCUAUGGGAAUCGUGGUCCAGCAACAUGGUAGUCAAAGUAAAGUGGUUCUACCAUCCCGAGGAGACCAAACUUGGCAAAAGGCACCGGGAUGGGAAGCAUGCCCUGUACCAAAGUUCCCAUGAGGAUGAAAAUGAUGUCCAGACCAUCUCCCAUAAGUGCCAGGUGGUGAGCCGAGCUGAAUAUGAGCAUCUCAGCCGUAUCAGGAAACCCAACAGCAACAGUCAGGAUCUUUACUACCAGGCUGGAACUUACGACCCCACCAGUGGUCAGCUGGUGACAGCCGAGGGAGAGUCAAUCAUCUGCUAGUGUUUGGAAAUGGCUGGAUGCACUACUGAAAUCAUGAUUUCUCUUUGGGAGAUACAAGAUAUGGCUGACAAUCAGGCCAAGAUACAAAACUAGCAUGAUGCUGGAAAUGAGCUAAACCCACGGCCAUGGGUUUCUGCAGAAACUUUCAUCUCUACUCUUCGUCAUCUGAGUAAGGGUACAUUAUUAAAUUAAUUGUGGAAGAGAAAACUCGUGGUGAUCGCUCUAUGAAGGCUCCACAUACAUAGAAUAAUUUUUUUUCUAUUCGUGAAAAUGGUAAGCACUGGACUUGUUCAGAGUAGGAUAUUUAGAAGGCUAACAUAGAUCGGAUGUGUUAAACACUGACUUUAUUGUUGGAUUUGCAGAGAGAUCUUUUGGAAAGAUCUUCACUGGUUAUACACAUCAAACUGAUGUCACCGGGACUUUUGAUAUCCCAGCAGGACCAAAUACACUGUUACUAUGAGCUGUGGUAUGAUCUGUUUGUUUGUGUGUUUGCUUGAGAGGAGACGAGAAUGAGGUGGUACUUCUUUGCUGUAUGGAAAUAUAUGAAAAACCAUGUGCGUAUGUAGAGAUCAGCCACAACAAAACAAACAGGAAUGGGCGUCAACCUGGAGAUUAGAAGGUCUAAUUUGUGUUCUUCUAAAUUCAAUGAUGCUCUCACAGGUGUAAAGUCUAAUGACCUCUUUUGACAAUUCCAGGGAUUAUUUUUUAUAAUUUUAUUUUCAAGUCUUUUUGACGCACAGAUAACAAAAAGUCAAUAUAUAAGUAAUUCAGUUUAUGACCUGAUAUUUGUGUGUAAACAAACAAAAUACAAACAUAAAGUAACAAACAAAAGGAAUGAUUUUUCCAGUUAAGCCAUACACUUCUGUACCUCUUGCUUAUCUUCUCAUUCAGGUCUAUAGUUGUACAAUUGAUUUAUUUGAUGUAUGUAAAUAUAUAAAUAUAUAAAUUAAUAUUAAAAACAACAAAAUGUAUAUAUAAUAUAAGAGAGAGCUCUGUUCCUCUAAUGCUCUUAAUUGUGUUAUUUUUUUUUUUAAAUGAUAAAACUGUUCUGUUUGAUUGGGAGGUUUGCUUUGGAGAUAGGCUUGAUUUAGGAGAUCUUAGUUUCUGAAUACCCUCUUCACUCUUAUAUAGGAGGAGGUUUGGGAGAGGUUCUACUUGCAGAGCAAACAGUAGAACCGACACCAUGCAGUCCAGUCAGCAAAUUGUGAUAAUGAGGAAACAGGCUGUCUGUGUCCACUUCAUAAUCCUUUGUCUUUCUUUUGCAGUUUGAUAUGGCUCGAAAGGAUUCUUUUUUUCUAUUGCAUUUCAUUGUCUCUUUGUGAUCUAAUCGGAAACAAUUUGAACAAAUAACACAAAAAGCACUCAUUUGUGCUUAAAAAAAGAGGCUCUUGUACAUAGUAUUCCGUAGUAUAAAUCUGGCCUCCAAACAUUCGAACCAAAGUGGAAUUACUAUACAUUAAACUGCAAUAAAUAUGUAGACUUAUGAACUACAGUAGGGGCACUUGCAAUGUUUUUUUUGUUUGUUUGUUUUUUUGACUGAUGUACUUUAGAUGACUGACAACAAAUUGUGCAGAUAGCUUUCAGGAUGCUUUUGUGUUGCCUAAACACCUGAACGUUCUCAGAAUGUUUCGGCAAUGCUGUAGCAAAGUGUCUGCAAAGGAUUUGUGUUUGCAAGGGGUGGAAAUGAAAAUGUAAACGUUGAUAGACACUUCCAGCACUUGAAGCCUCCUGCGGUCCUGUAUGUCAUGUGAUCAUGAAGGACAAUCAUAACCUGUUAGAGAGGGCAGUUUAAAACAGAUCAAAUCUAAAGUAUUGCCUCUUGUCACUUUUCUUCCUGUUUUGCCAAAAAAAAAUUGUUCUGUUUCUUUUUCCAUUGUCAACAUUGUACUCUUAUUUGUUCAAUAUGCAAGCCUGUACAGAUUGUUCCGUGUUGGAAUUGUGAAAAAAAAAAAAAAAAAAAAAAUGAAUAUGCCUUUUAAUCCUAAAGGAUGACUUACUUUUAUAAUGACAUUGUUGCUGUUACUCUGCAGAAGCUAAAGCUUUAAGAAAUAUGAUGUGAAAAUUAAUGUAGUCACUUUCUGGGUCUAUAAAAAAAAAAUUAGAAAAAGAACAUUUUUAUUUUUGUAAACAAACACUGGAUACAACGCUUGAUAUGGUGACACUGGCACCACCAGCGUCCCAGGAAGUUGGCCAAGCCUCAAAGGAAAUAGAAUCAUUGUGUAACCUGAAUUUGAGACCCACUUGGAACUUGAUUUUUACGGUGGAUUUUCUUUUUAACCUUGUGGAGAAUAUAACUUUUAAGAUAUUUCCACUGUUAAAACAUGUUAUUUAUCUUAAUUUUAUUGCAUUCGUGUUGCAUUUCAUUAAAAAACAAAAAUUAA